AUGGCUUCCAGUCACUCUUUGGAUAAGAAAAGGAUAAAGAAAACGAAUUUUAGUAAGGAGGAGGAACUUUUAAUUCAAAGGGAGGUGGAAAAACAUUAUGGGUUGCUAAGCUCAAAACAAUCAAAUGAAAAAAAGAAGAGAGUGUGGGAUAAUAUUGCAUCCAAAGCCUAUCGACUAGCGUGCAAUGUCCAUUUAUUUAAUCCUUGUUCGAAUUGCACAGAAUUGUGUGUGUGUCCAGAAAAUUCACGAAGUUUUCAAACCAAAAUUGAGUUUCAUGCUCGGGCCAAAAAGGCUCGUAAGUCAUCAAGUGUAGCAGCCCUACCUGAGGAAGAUGCCACAGAAGAUGAUAGUUUCUUAUCUGCCAAUCUUUCAUUCAGUCUAGAUUCUCCAAGAAAUCCUACACCUCCUGCUUUUCCAUUGAGUCCAUCUAUUCUCCAGACACCACCACAACCAGGCCCUUCAAGACUACAACCAAAAACUCCACCUAGACAAACAGCUUUAUAA